AAUACAACCUUUAAUAGCGCGUAUCUGAUGUGUGAUAAACGGAUUUUGGCCUGGUCUAGACACAUCAAGUCAUGGUAUUCCUUGAUCAGCAACAAGUCUUCUGUGUUGGUCAUCAGGAGAGAUCAUAGCAGUGGCUGCAUUACAUCUCAAGUUUCGUUGAAGCGAUGUAUGCGCAUAAAAAAUUCCAGUCGCAAACAUAUAAGGACGGUGCCUUUCCUGACUUCUUUCCCGCUUCAUCCUUUAUCUUCUUAAGCUGCAUCAUUAUAGCAAUGUGUUCAGUAUUAUAACCUCUCGAUUCCGGCCCAAACUGUCGACAUGGCUCCCAGUUCAUUCCAACCAAAUGUACCUGCCCAGCGGCCACGCCCCCUGACAGUCCAAAGCGGGAGCUGCCCUCGAAAGACAUGAAGAGAGACAAUGAACUGAUCGUUAAUGUGAUCCGAGGGCUACUUGCCGAUAUGAAAAGGGAUACUUCUCUGGCUGGAACCUCCCAGCCAAACGGCUCCUUUAGGGACAAAUUGGAACGACUUCUAGAGUCCACCGAAGAUGAAUCAUCAUCUGGCACAGUCGCUGAACCUUUGAAGCUGCAUCAUCCCGAACUGAGACUGUCUCCUGAUGUCCCGCAUGAUAAUAGCUCGGAGCCUAUCACGGUCAACCAGCUCAUAGGAUUGUUGGAGGCCGCGUUGGAACCAAAGGGAUCGCGGGACCUCUCUGCAACAGAACGUGCCGGUGCAGAGCACGGCGGUGACAUUACAUCACAUGGUCAACUCUUCUCGCAGCUUGCGCAGACCGGACAGUCUUCCUCCUCCAUUGAACCCGAAUAUCGCCGAGACAUCACGGUAGAAACGUUGGACAGCUGUAGGAAUCUCCAAGCUUCGGACGCCGUGACGGAAAUCGACGACUCUCCACAAGAAGUGUAUCGUUUCUCCUGGACAGGGCUCGACCCUAGAUCUGUGGUUACAGCGCCGCCUAAUAGUCCACACGUAGCCCCUUCGAAUUGCAUCACUAAAGAAGAGCUGAAAUGGUUGUUUGCGGAAGUACUGGGAGUUAAAAGCGCACAACCUACCUCGGAUGGCAAGGAUUCUAGCAGCAACGAGAAGCCCGAAGACAAUGAUAGAGCGAGAAUUCGUGCCUCAAAGGCGGAGUACAAGACUGUCAACGAAGUGGGCCUUCUACACUGCGCCAUGGUUACAUUCAGUAUGCUCAUAGAUCCACUGAUUCAGGAUCCAUCACUAUCCCCUUUAGCUACAAUGUGA